AGCCGCGCGCGGGCCCCGCCCGGGACCGCCGGGCCUCCGCGUUCCUCCCUCCCUCAAGCUGCGUGGAACCCAGAGCUGAGAAACUGUGUCGGCUCCUGGGUUCCUCUCUUGGCUUUUGGGCGGCAGCAGCCGGAGGAGGAAUAUGGCGCUCGUAAGCAACCGAGCGGAGUUGGAAGCGGACGAGGACAUCUUUGAAGAUGCUUUGGAAACCAACUCUAUAUCUUCACCUCACUCAGAUAUGGCAACAGGCAACCUUCACUUUGCAUCCUGCGAUACAAGACGCACAUCCAGACAGCUCGGAGGCUCUCAAGGGAGCAGUUCAUCAUCAGCCAAGGUGGACCUCAAGAGUGGCCUAGAAGAAUGUGCAAUGGCCUUGAAUUUAUUUCUAAGUAACAGAUUUACAGAUGCCUUAGAAUUGCUUCGUCCAUGGGCUAAGGAUAGCAUGUACCAUGCGCUGGGCUACAGUACCAUUGUGGUGUUGCAGGCUGUCAUGACCUUCGAGCAACAAGACAUCCAAAACGGCAUUUCUGCCAUGAAGGACGCUUUACAAACCUGCCAAAAGUACAGGAAGAAAUGCACAGUUGUAGAAUCCUUUUCAAGUCUUCUCUCUCGAGGGUCACUGGAGCAGCUGAGUGAAGAGGAAAUGCAUGCCGAGAUCUGUUAUGCCGAGUGUCUCCUACAGAAAGCAGCACUCACGUUUGUGCAGGAUGAAAAUAUGAUCAACUUCAUCAAGGGUGGACUCAAAAUUAGAACAAGUUAUCAAAUAUAUAAGGAAUGUCUUUCUAUUCUGCAUGUAAUUCAGAAGAACAAACUUGAGCAAGAAUUCUUCUAUGAGUUUGAAGGGGGUGUCAAGCUUGGUACUGGGGCCUUUAAUUUGAUGCUGUCUCUUUUACCAGCAAGAAUUAUCAGACUGCUAGAAUUUAUUGGAUUUUCUGGAAACAGGGAGUUAGGCCUCCUGCAGUUAAGGGAAGGUGCCUCGGGAAGAAGCAUGCGGUCGCCACUGUGCUGCUUGACCAUCCUAGCUUUUCAUACUUACAUCUCCCUCAUACUGGGUACAGGAGAAGUGAAUGUUGUGGAAGCAGAGCGUCUCCUUGCACCCUUCCUGCAGCAGUUCCCAGAGGGCUCACUCAUGUUGUUCUAUCAUGCCCGAAUUGAGCUGCUGAAGGGGAACGUUGAAGAGGCACAAGAGAUAUUUCGAAAAUGCAUUUCAGUUCAAGAAGAAUGGAAACAGUUUCACCAUCUCUGUUACUGGGAGCUAAUGUGGAUUAAUGUAUUCCAACAAAACUGGAUGCAAGCAUAUUACUAUUCAGAUCUGCUUUGCAAAGAGAGUAAAUGGUCCAAGGCAACAUAUGUGUUCUUGAAAGCGGCAAUUUUGAGCAUGCUUCCAGAAGAGGAUGUAGUGGCCACUAAUGAGAAUGUGGUGGCUUUGUUCAGGCAGGUCGAUGGCUUGAAGCAGAGAAUUGCUGGGAAGUCUCUGCCCACCGAGAAGUUUGCCGUGAGGAAGGCUCGACGUUACUCCCCCGCCUUGCCUGCACCUGUGAAGCUCAUCGUGCCUGCCCUGGAAAUGAUGUAUGUCUGGAACGGUUUUUCAAUAGUGGGCAAAAGAAAAGACCUGUCCGAGAAUCUGCUGAUAACUGUCGAAAAGGCUGAGGCAACGCUACAAAAUGAGAGUGCUAGCGAAUACUCUGUAGAUGAUGAGUGCUUGGUGAAGUUACUUAAAGGAUGCUGCCUCAAGAACUUACAGCGGCCCUUGCAAGCCGAACUGUGUUUCAACCACGUCAUGGAAAGUGAAAAGCUACUGAAGUAUGACCACUACCUAGUGCCCUUCACUCUGUUUGAGUUGGCAUUUUUGUAUAAAAGCCAAGGAGAAAUUGACAAGGCCAUAAAGGUCCUAGAAACCGCAAGAAACAACUACAAGGACUAUUCCCUGGAGUCCAGACUACACUUCAGAAUUCAGGCAGCCCUGCACCUCUGGAGGAAACCUUCCUCAGAACGUGAUUGAUCAGAACACCAACUAUGGAAUGUUCCCUCACUUGGCAUCACCACCUGCUAUAGAUUAGAUUGUGUAUUAAAGUGGAAAUAUGAUUAUAUGAAUAAGAGACAAAAAUCCAAUUUUAUUAUCAAUAUUUGCUGUCAUCUGAAUGGUUUACUGUUGGUCUACAUAAAUUUUUUUCCCUAUGGUAUGAAAUUCAAUAGUAUCUAGAAAAUUUUUAUUUUUUGCAUCUCCAAAAAGGAUUUCAUAUUAGAUUUUAAUUGGGAGGUGAAGAAGUCUUUUAAAAGACUUACAGGCACAUAUAGUCUAAUUAGAUUAGUUAUUUUUUAAUAUCGAUGUGAACACUGUUUAAGUAGCAAAUGUCCUACAUGUUGAGCCAUUUUUAGAUUUCUUGGUCAGUUAAACUUCAGAGGUAUUCUGUUGCCCAGUGUUUAAAUUUCAGAGGAAAAAUAAACAUCACUCAUAUUUUAAAAUAGCUAAACAAUGACCUUCUGAAAACUCUAAAGAGAGCAGGUGGAGGGCAUGGACAGGGAUGGGACGAUGUAAUUUGUGGUUUAAAGACACUUGCAUCUAUGUGAUGAAAUACUAAGUUAUGGGCUUUUUUAAAAAAAAAUCUUCAUGUUGGUUUAAGGUGGUGACAUUUUUGAGAGACUAUCCAGUUUUUGAAUGUAUUUAAGUCUAUUAUAGCAAAAUUUAAAGUAAAAAAACCUGUAUAUCUAAAGGGAAAUAAAAGUCAUAUUUUGGAAAUUAUCCUUAAUCUUAGCAAUGAAGCCUGAAAUAUAUACAUUGGUUAUUUUUCUUAUAGGAAGCAAAGUUCCUGCUGCUUUAAAUGAUAUGUAAGAUAUCCAUAGUUUUUACUUCUAUGUCAGUGAGCAAGAUCUAAUUUUCUAAUCUCUCUAGCACUGUGAUUAUUCCUUGUAAAUAUUUGGACUUGUGCUUAUUAGUCCUUGAGUUAGGUGACAGGGCAUGGAGUGAGAAAGAGCCCGGCUCCAUAUGGUCCUGGCUCUGCCACCAGUGAGCAGUUAACAAGGUGACCUUUAGGGGGUCCCUGGCUCCUUGUGCCUCUCACCAUAUUGUCAUCUGUGAAAUGGACAAAGAACAGAUGACUUUCAAGGUCCCUUUCAGCUUUAUAACUGUGAGUCUGUGUAUUUAUUUUUUCCAAUGUUAUGUUUAGUCCAAACCACUCCCACCUACUGUGCCUUUUAUUUUUCAAUCAUCGCCAUUCCUCCCCCUACUUCCCAGGUAUGUGUAAUGUGGCUAAGGACCAGAAUGGAUCCAGAGAAAGGAAAAAAAGUUCAUGAGUUGACAAUCCAGGUUUUAUGCUUUCUAUUUCAGUUUUGAAGAAGAGGAACUUUGUCAUGGAAUCCUUUGCAUUUGAACAGGAAAUGAGGAGUUUAUCUUUGUUGGUUACUAAUUCCAUGACUUGAAGUAAGUGAGUGACCCCUUCUGGGCCUUGAUUUCCUCAGUGGGGAGAGCAGCAUUAGGGUUUUUAAGCAUUGGUUACCAUCUUAAAGCUAUUGACUGAGUUUGUGGUCUUUGAAAGAAGCAUGGACAUUCAAAAAGCUAUAAAUUUAUUAAUGCUUUUGGCACCAACAGUAGCCCAAAUUAUGAAUUUGCUCCUUCCUUACUGUUCCCGGUGGCAUGAGCCUAUGUGCAAAUGGUGUUUGGUGUUAUUUCUUUCAAGGUACUGAUUCUUUUUAUUUUUAAUGAUUUAUUUAUUUAUUUGAAAGGAGAGUGACAGAGAGAGGGAGAUGCAGGGAGAAAGAUUUCCAUCUGCUGGUUCAUUCCCCAAAUGUCUACAACAGUUGGAGCUGGGUCUAGUGAAAGCCAGGAACCUGGAACUCCAUCCAGGUCUCCCAACUGGGUAGCAGGGACUCAAGUGCUGGGGACAUCAUUUGCUGCAUUCCCAGGCACAUUAGGAGGAAACUGGAUUGGAAGCAGAAUAAUUGGGGCUUGAACCCACACCCUGAUAUGGGGCGUGGGAGUCCCAAGUAAUGGUUUAAUCAGCUGUGCCUCAAUGUUGGCCCCUAAGGUGCUGAUUCCUGAUCAACACUUAGGCUGCAUUUCUAGUGUAGGGUGAUUAACACAACUCGAGUCAGAGUACCACCUCUUCAGAUAGAUCAGUAUGUGCUAUAAACAUGAAUUAUGUAACUUUAAUUACAAAGAGGAGAUAAAAUUGACUGUCAUUAUAGUUUAAGUUGAGGUGGAAAAUACGUUCCAGAAUUAUUUUUGUGUAUAAUUGUAAAAAAGCUUGUAAAUUGCGUAGGUGAGCUCUGGUAGCAUUAUUUUGUAAUAUACCUAUGUUGUUUUUGUUGGAAGCUGCAAGUCAUAGCUGAGUCACUUAGUGUUCUACUGUAAAAUGAAAAAAUUUUAAGCUAAUAGUAGUUGUUUUAUUUUAACUAUUUUGAAAGACAUAUAACAGUCAUCUGUCCCAUAAAUGUUUUCCUUUGUUAUGUUUUCUUAUUUUGAUUUUAUUAUUACUUCCUGUUCUUUUGAUGGACAGUCUAUGCAGUGGAUGUUUAAGUACUGUAAUAUCAUUAGUGCUAGAGAUGUUUGUUUCCUGUCAUGUUCAAGGUAUUGUACUGGCACUAGUUGCUGGCAACAUCAGCUAAUAUUACAUUUUUGGAAUUACUUUGUGAUUUUUAGGAUAUUCUUUGAAGAAUGAAUACUGAAGUAGCGAUGUUUUAUUUAAUCUUUUGAGGUGCAUAUAUGAUAGGAUUGGACUGCCAGUGUGUCUGACAGUGCAAUUUUGUAGUUCCUGGUGUGAUUGCCUUUUUUGUGGUUGUUUUGCUUCGUUUUCUUUUAAACGGGGAGUCUGAGUUCUGAUGGCUGCUUUAUAAAGAGGUUGUGCUUUGUAGGAAUAAUGACAAGGAAAGCAUGAUUUCUGCUUGACAAUUAGUGGAAAAUUAAUUACAGCUGCUUUUGACAUAGAUGUUAAUGUUCUCUAUGCUCCUGGGUACACAAAGGUCUCAAGUCAUAUGGGAUAAAAUUAAUUGAUUAUUUCUCUUUUCAGAGAGCAGAGAUGAAACAGAAAGUGUAGGGAGGUGAAUUCUAAAGGAAUAAUUUCUAAUCAGUGGAACAGUCCAACAGGCUGAUACAGUGUGACUAGCUCUUUUGCAAAAGAGUGAAUCUAACAGCAAUAUGUGACUGUUAUUCAGACCUGGACUGGAAGCUUGGAAAGCUUGGACUAGUUGGUUGUUGAGGCCACGCUAUGAUUCUUUGCUCAGGGCUUCAAGUCAGUGGGUUGUAUGAAGAAGUUAUUAGUAGAGGUAGGUACAUUGUGAUAGAUUCUGAAAGUACCUGUUAUUAAUACUCAUGGGCUGGCGCCACGGCUCAAUAGGCUAAUCCUCCACCUUGCGGCGCUGGCACACCGGGUUCUAGUCCCGGUCGGGGUGCCGGAUUCUGUCCUGGUUGCCCAUCUUCCAGGCCAGCUCUCUGUUAUGGCAAGGGUGUGCAGUGGAAGAUGGCCCAAGUGCUUGGGCCCUGCACCCCAUGGGAGACCAGGAUAAGCACCUGGCUCCUGCCUUCAGAUCAGUGUGAUGUGCUGGCCGCAGCCCGCUGGCCAUGGCGGCCAUUGGAGGGUGAACCAACGGCAAAAGGAAGACCUUUCUCUCUGUCUCUCUUUCUCACUGUCCACUCUGUCAAAAAAAAAAAAAUACUCAUCAUGAUUCCAAUUCUGUUGUUUUGCUAGUAGAGAUUUUCCACCCCUUGGAUAUUUAAAAAAAUUAUUUUAAAAAUGGUCUUUGUAAACAACUAGAAAAUUUUCUGGAGUUUCUCUGGUUAAUUCUCAAAACUUUUUCACAUCUUGUCCUUUCCAGCCUCUGAGCAGUAUUGCUUCUCCUUCCUUCCUGCUUGGCCAGUACAGUGGCCACUUCCCACAUGUGGCUUUUGAGCCCAUUGGGAUGGUGAGGGCACAUUGGUACUGCCAGGUGUCAAGGGAGCGUUUCUUCAUGCAUGCACUUUUCUUUAAAGGCCUUCCAAUAUCUGGCUUCCUAGAGUUCUUGCUUUGACCUGCCAUCUACUCUGCUUACCCACUCACCAUGGUAACAUUGUCAGAAACACUGCUUUUUCUGUUUAAGUGCCCUUAAACUGUCGUCAUGUUUGCUCUGCAGGUGAUGGAGGUCAUUGGCAUGUUUGAAUGUUAUGCUCUGCCACUUCCAUCCGUGCAGAACUCCUUAUUCUUAUUUGUAAGAUUACUAUUUAAAUCUAAUUUUAUAGACAUUUUUUACUUUUCCAGAAAAUACAACUGUUAGAAUUGUAGAAGAGUGAUUCUUACAUUUGAGAUAGUAGAUUUCAUGAUUAAAUUAUCUUCCAAGAUAAUAAUAUUCUGAAAAAUUCAGUGACAUCUUUUCAAUCCCUUUAUGUUAUCAAGGUUUUCCCAUUGACUCAACUGGCCCAGUAGUUCUAAAGGUUCUUAGAUACAAAUUAGCUACUAAGAAAAUAAUUUGGCAGAUUAUUUAAUAUUAUGAAUUUUAUGCCUUUUGCUGCCUAUUAAUAUUUCUGAAAAUUGCUGAUACCUAAGUUACUUGCAUAAAUAUAAUUAAGACCUAUUUUUGGUCUCUUUAGACAGUGCUUAAUUAAUUGCAGCUAAUUAAUUGCAGUUAUUGAUCAGUAGAUAAACAUAUAACACUGUAUAAGUAUUAAAUAGGCAAUGUUUUAUACUGUUCUUUCAGAAGAAUUAUAAGAUUUUUUUCUACAUGGUUCUUCCUCCACCAACCCAAUUACUUACAUUCUUUCUCUUUAAGUAUCAGAUUGCUUAUUGUAGAACAUAAUAUUGCUUCCUUUUUGGUAGUUUGUCUUUCAUACAUUUGCUGUUAGAUUUGGUGGCUUUGAAACUGUUGAACUUGAAAUGUAGGGAAAAGUACACAUGAGAAUUUUUACCAUCAAGGAAAACCUCUUUUGGGUUGAGUAGUUAGGAUUUGACCAUGAUGCUUGAAACUGCUUCUUCAGAGGUACUGUUGAAAUCCAACCCAGUCCAGUCUGUGUGUAGCCUCAUCACUUCAGAAAAAAAUGACACACGGACUACUUAGCAUGGAGAGAUGGCUGAGCAGGUUCUUGGCCUGAACUAUUCAGCGGGAUCUGUAGAUCUAGCUUCAGAAGACAUGUAAGCCCCAUUCCCGCCGAUGGACAGUGUACCCAUGACAUGUGUUCAGCACAGUAAUACUGUAACAGGACUUUGCCUAGAAAAAGCAAAGCAGCUGCCUCACUGUAGUAAUGCCUACAGAUGCCUAUAGACUGAAUGCUUAAUAGGAAAAGUCAAGUACUUUCAGACCAAACUUCAUUAAGUAAAAUUUGUUGCACAGUAGCAAACCAGUUUACCUUGUAUGCUAAUCUAGUAGUUCUAAGAAAUGCAUACUUUAAAUGAUGAACUUAAGGGAUGCUGGCACAUCCUAGUGGGAAUUUUUAUUUUAUUGCUAUGUAAUAUUUUCUAGUAAAUUGGUUUAAUUAUUGGUAGUUGGCAGGCACCAUUUGGAGAAAAAAGUAAAAGAAAUUUAUCUCAGUAUAACCUAAGUAAAUAACCAGUGAAAUUGAAUUAAGAAUUUAAAGUAGAGUUCUUUUUUCAACUUUAAAGGAAUUAUAUUAUUUUGAAAUGCUGGAAGGUUUUAUUCAGUGUGAAGGUGUGAUGCUCUGUGCUUUGGGAAUCACGCAGACAUUUGAAUUCUCUAUUGUUGAUGAAUCCAAAUGGCCAGGUGGCAGUUUUAGGGGUGGUAAAUAACUUUAAAUAAUUUUCAUUAAUUCACUUUUUUCCUAAAGAGAUUGUUCAUAGUAUACAAUUGCUUUCUUUAGAGAGAUUUGUGAUAUUUUUUAAAUAAAAUAAUUUAUAUGAAAAGAGUUUAUGGUAAACACCUAAAAUCUUAGUUUAUUGUUUCAAUUUAAUGUCCUAAGAAAACAGUGCUGUUGGGUUCUGUUUAAGAUCUGUAGAGAGAGAAUAUGUGUAUUUCACUGUUAUGUGCUGACCAGAAAAAUUACUGAAUUCUCAAUAAAAUAUUGUUUUCUGCUACUGUAUUGGGGGAAAUUCUAUAACUAGUUAAUGUUUUAAAAUUAUGUUUCCCUAUUGCUGACUCUUGGCAUCCAAAUACCUAAAUGAACACCAAUUGAGUCAUUUACCUAAAAAAGAACUUCAAAAAGUUUGUGGAAAAAUUGGAUUAAAAGAAAUGUAUUUUAGUGCAAAGGAAUUUUGAAUUUCACAUAUAGUUUUUUCAAAUACACAUUUUCCAUGAACUUUUUGAAGAUCCCUUUGUAUUAGUGUUUGAAAUAUUUAUUUGCAAAUGUGGAUAGGGACAUUUAUGUGUUUUAUGUAAGUUUCUAAAUUAUGAGUAUAGCCAAAUAUACAUAUGUGUAUACAUAUAUACAUGUGCAUAUAUAUACAUAUAUAUAAUGAAAAUUAUUAGUUCAUUACUGAAAUUUAUUCCCAAAGCUUCAUUUGGGAAAUUGUGCUUUGCCUUAAAACAUACAAAAUAGACCUGUCUUGUGAUGUAGGCACCUAAUCAUAAUCUUAACUUGACGUGUAAGAGGAUUUCUACUUUCACAACAUGUGUUUUUCCACUUUUGCUUGAAUUAAACAGAAGUAAGGUUGGAAGCCUUAGCACUUUGUAACUGAUGGGAAAUCUCCUGUUGGAUCACGACAUCCAACCUACCUGUAUGUACUUUGCAAUGCAAUUUUAGUAAAAAUCAUCAACAUUUUAUCCCACUCUUUCUUUAUUACAUUUGAGUUUAGAUCUCUUUCUUUCCCAUUCUCAGUGGUCACACUUUUACAGAGCAAAACAUUUUUAGAAACUGAAGAGAUAAUUUCUAUGUAAAACGAAUGUGUUAGUAACAUCCAUCUGCUGAUCAAGUAGGCACCGGUUCUGGUAUCAGAAAGUGAAAUAGAUUGUCGCUAUCAAAGCAUUUUAUCUAUACAAGUGACAAAGAAAACUGUGAAGUUCUGAUAUUUUUAAUAUAGAAAUGACAUUCCCAAUGAGUAUUCUCUUGCUGAUUUUGUGUUAAUGGUAUCAUCUAUGAUUUGUGAGUUAAUGCUGAUGUGAGACCUAAGUUUCCAACAUGGAGACAGCAGUCCCCAUAGCCUAUUUUUACCAUUAAGAUGGUUUUGAAAACAGAUGUCAUCUUAGAAAUUAUAUUUUUAAGUGCAAAUAGAUGAUCACAGCUUGAAAGCCAACAUGUUUUAUUUUUGAUUUCUUAGUAUAAGAGUUCUGUGUAUCAUUAGAUAUGUGUUUGAGUUGGAGAUUUCCUCAGAAAUCUGUAUUUUCAUAUUGCUACAACUGGUUUACCUGCAACAUGCAAUUGUUAUUUAAAUAAAUUACAGUUGAUGGAA